GUACUCCGGCGUCCGUACGCUCUCGGCUUCUCGCUGAACGCUAAUAAACUGCGCAGUGACGCGCACGGAUCAAUCACGUAAAGUGAAAGGCGAGACCGCGAGAACACCGAGCUGCUUACGAAUACGAGCUCCGCCAACCACCCACCCAAUCUGUGAGAUGCACGGCGACGGCGAGGCGAGAGCAAUGCCGGCGCGGCGCGCGCCGCCGUCGCCACCCCCGUGGGAGGCGCUCCCCCUCGUCGCGCCGCUCCUCGACGCCGCGUCCCUCGCGGCGGCCUCCUGCGUGUCCACCUCGUGGCACGCCGCCUUCGCCGCGGACUACCUCUGGGCGCGGCUGUGCGCGCAGCACUUCCCCUCCGCGCUGGGCCUCCUUCCCCACACCGAAAGCAGCGGCGACGACCGGCGGUGCUCCUCGUCCCCGCACCGACGCCUGUUCAAGCUGUUCCGCUCCGCGUCCGUCCGCUGCCGCGCGCUCCCGGCCCCGCGCCUCGCACUCGCGGACGUCUCCUUCGCCGUCGACAUCGUCACGGCCGGCGGCGGGAGCACGCUGUCCUUCCUGGUCGCCGCGGACAGGGCGGCCGCCCCCGCCCAUGUCAAGAACUCCGCGGGGCUGUUCCUGUUCGCGGUCGACCUGAGCGACCGGAACGCGGCGAUCGGGGCGGGGGAGUGGCGCGUCAGGUGGACGGCGGUGCGGACGACGACGGCGCGCCGCGGCCGCGGGGAGGAGGAAGAGGAACCCGCGGCGGCGGCGGCGGCGGCGGUCCUGAUGAUGGACGCCAAGGUGCCGGCGGCAAGGGCGGCGGGCGCCGUCGCCUUCGGCGGCAGAGGUGAGGCGGGGGUCGCCGCGAGGCUGCCCGCGCCCGGCUGCGGCGGCGCGAAGCUGGACGCGGAGGUGGUCGUGGAGCUGGCUGGGGAGGAGAAGGUGGUGGAGAAGGUGAGGCUCGGAGUGAUGUGCGAGUGUCGGUACGUGUGCGCCGACGAGGGGCUCCGAUACCUGCAGCACUUCCUCCUGUAGAAUGCACGUGCUUCUUCGACGAUCUCGUGCACACGGUCGAAUGAGAACUCCGCUUCAUAGAAGCAGAGUAGAGUAGAUUUUUUUUUUUGUUUUUUUAACAUUAGAGUAGAAGUAGGCAGUGCAACGAAUCCACAACCGAACUCUCCUUUGUUUGUGAAAAUAAAGACUCUCCUUUGUUGUU